GGCCGUGGGGCGGUGACGUCGCCGAAAGUCGGGUCGCAGCGCGGCCCCGUGGAGGUCGUGAGCCCUCCCCCCGGGGGCGUGGCGAGGCCGGGCCAUAUAGGCCGGCGCUGGCCGCCGACGGACGAGCUUGUGGGGUGGCGACAGGUAGGGUAGGACGCGUCGUCCCCGUGUCCUCGCUCGUGGGCCUCCCGGAGGCCGAGCCGCCGCUCCGGUGACUAUCAUGUGGGCACUGGAGAGGCGGGGACCGCCGCCCUUGACCCGGCCUUGGGCGCUGCCCACCCUACUGUUGGCUCUGGCGGCACAGGGGGCGACGGCGACGGCGGGCGCGCUCACCUACCCGUGGCGGGACGCGGAGACCCGGGAGUGGCUGGUGUGCGGCCAGUGCCCCCCGGGCACCUUCGUGCAGCGGCCGUGCCGUCGGGAUGCCCCCACGACGUGCGGCGCGUGCCCUCCGCGCCACUACACGCAGUUCUGGAACUACCUGGAGCGCUGCCGCUACUGCAACGUCAUCUGCGGGGAACGCGAGGAGGAGGCGCGGCCCUGCGACGCCACCCACAACCGCGCCUGCCGCUGCCGCCCCGGCUUCUUCGCCCACGCGGGCUUCUGCCUGGAGCACGCGCCUUGCCCGCCCGGCGCGGGCGUGACUGCCCCCGGCACCCCCAGCCAGAACACGCAAUGCCAGCCGUGCCCCCCGGGCACCUUCUCGGCCAGCAGCUCGAGCUCGGAACAGUGCCAGCCCCACCGCAACUGCACGGCCCUGGGCCUCGUCCUCAACGUGGCCGGCUCCGCCUCCCACGACGCCCUGUGCACUAGCUGCGCCGGCUUCCCACUCGGCACCCCGGAGCCAGGGAGGCCAGGAGCCGAGGAGUGUGAGCGCGCUGUCAUUGACUUCGUGGCUUUCCAGGACUGGUCCUUCAAGAAGCUCCUGCGGCUGUGGCAGGCGCUCAGGGGCCCAGAAGCACAAGGCCUAGUGCCACCCAGGGAGGGUCGCAACGGCCUGCAGCCUAAGCUGAGGCAGCAGCUCCUGGAGCUCCGUGAGGCGCAGGCUGGGGCGCUGGCUGUGCGGCUGCUGCGGGCCCUGCGCGAAGCCCGGCUGCCUGGGCUGGAGCGCAGUGUCCGCACACGCUUCUGGGCACGCUGAGCACCCCGCCCCCUAUUUAUUCUGUUCCCAAGCUGGGGCUCCCACAUGGGCAUCACACCGAAAGUGACUUACUAAAGUAAGCUCAACCGACCGGUGUCCCAUUACAGUAACAAAGUUUAUUUUUUAUAAAGCCGUUAUAAAACGGA